GCUGACAAACCAUUACCACCCAAAGCCUCAAAGAACCUUUUCUUUCUCCAAAACGCGCUUAUAACAAACUCAUUGUCAAGUUGCCGCAUUUCCAUCUAUAAGGUACUUCCCAUCCGUACCCAUUUUACGACCGAGCAGUCGAUCCUAACUUGUUUGAGAUUGAGGCGCAGUUGCUAUCGUCCUAGUAUGAUUGGGAUGAGAAACUCUACACUAAUGUGCAAACAAGUAUGGCCGAAUUUGCGAAAUUUGCCUCAAAAGGACAAGGUUGUGUUUGUGAUGGGAGUCACCGGCGCCGGAAAAUCAAGACUCUCAAUAGACUUAGCCACUCAAUUCAGAGGAGAAAUAGUGAACUCCGACAAAAUACAAGUAUACAAAGGUCUUGAUAUUGCAACUAACAAAAUCACACAAGAAGAACGUUGUGGUAUACCACACCAUCUCCUAGGCGUAAUUGAUCCUUACAAAGAAUUCACCACCAAAAACUUCUGCAACAUGGCUUCACUUGCAGUUAACUCUAUAACCGACCGUGGUAAACUUCCGAUCAUCGUUGGAGGUUCCAAUUCGUUUAUCGAGGCGCUUGUCCACGACAACUCUCAUAAUUUUCGUACGAGGUAUGAUUGUUGUUUCCUAUGGGUCGAUGUGUCCAUGAACGUACUAAAUUCAUUUUUGUACGAACGAGUGGACAAAAUGAUGGAGCAAGGUAUGAUUGACGAGGUAAGAAACAUGUUCAAUCCAAAAAACACAGAUUAUACCAAAGGCAUACGUAAAGCAAUUGGCGUACCAGAAUUUGAUAGUUAUUUUCGAGCUGAAUUAUCAAACUCAGUAGACGUGGAGACGCGCGAGAGGCUACUAAAGGAAGCUAUUAAUGAAGUGAAGAUCAAUAACUGUAUACUAGCUAGUAAACAAUUAGAGAAAAUAAAGAGACUGAUAAAUGUUAAGGGAUGGAAAAUUCAAAGAUUAGAUGCAACAGAAGUUUUUAGGAGGAAACAGAGAAAUGCAGAGGAAGAAGCAGAGGAAAUUUGGAAGAAUAUGGUGAUGGGACAGAGCAUAAAGAUUGUGGGUAAAAUUUUAUGCGAAAAUAAUAGGAGCAAAAUGGUUUACAGAAAUGAUGUGACAGCCAUUAAGAGAGCAGCAGCGUCGGCCAUAGCUCAAUAUUAGAGCAAGUUGUGCAUUAAUCUGAAGACUUCUUUUUUGUACCUUAGUCGCGUGAUCGAUCGCCAGUUUUGGGAGAUAACAUUCAUAUAUGUCCACUUUUAGCAUAUAGUUUAUUUUAUUGUAUUUUUCACUGAUCACUUUCGAGUUUUAGUUUUUCACCAUUGUAACUACAUAAAGAGUGUAACCCUUUCUGAUAUAUGGAACAUAAAAUAAUUGACAGAGA